AUGAAUUCCACGCCGUCAUUGGUUUUUCAUUCGGUCUGGAAAAUUGACGACAUCGUAGUUGUCCGAGAGAUCUUCUGUCAGCCGUGUCAGCCUUGCCCCCUUCCCCUAGGUGAUAUAUCAGAAAUUAGCGUCCCAUCUUUCUGUCAUCAAUCGCAGGUAGACCUCGAAAACUACAGCAGGAUGUCACGAAGCACAGGGACCGCAAGUCCUACCUACGAGCUGCUCGACGCAAGGGCAAAAGAUCAUGAUAACACAGACGCUUACCCCGAGUCGCGACAAGAGCUAAACAAUCCUCUUUCUGCUUCGUCCCAGGAGGCUGUGGAGAAAGCCAACAAGGGCUCACAGAGACCAUUCGAGAGCGACUGGUAUGUCUGGGAGGUCCUAGGAGUCGGUAUCUCCGGUACCAUCCUAAUUGCCAUAGUCGCUAUCUUGGCCUCUUAUGCCGACACGCCUGAACCGAGGUGGAGAUAUAUGUCCCUCAACUCGCUCAUCUCCUGGCUGAGCACUGCCUCCAAAGGCUGCAUCCUAUUUUCCAUCAGCGAGGCCCUUGGCCAGAUGAAGUGGACGUGGUUCAUGCAGGCAGCGCGGCCAAUACCCGACCUCCGUCGAUUUGAUACAGCGAGUCGAGGAUUUUAUGGUGCUAUAAAGCUGAUUUGGAGAUUACAAGCUAGGCAUUUUGCUGCCCUGAGCUGCUUGGCGGUGAUCCUGGCACUGGGCUUUGAUCCGUUUACUCAAAAUCUGAUUCACUAUCAACAAAAAAUGACGGCAGAUACAUCGAGAAUUGCUCUCGUGGGUAAUAUAUCCACGGUUGAUAGCCAUGGUUUUUUCGGUUCAUCUGGGAUUUUAUGGGUCGAUCCCGUGCUUAAAAUGAAUGUCUACAGUUCACUUCUGAACCCUGACCGGAAAAGAACCUGGGCUAUCCCACAGUAUUCCUGCAGCUCGGCCAAUUGCACAUGGGAUGUGGUUGCAUCUUGGGAGACUCGCGCCCUCUGCGCAAACGUUACGAAACACCUCGGCAAGUCAUGUGGGUACGAGGAGCGAAACAUGAUGAAGUGCAGUAUCAGUCUCCCUAAGAGCAACACAACUGCAUUGUUCACUAAGUAUCUAGACGAGGGCGACGGUGUCACCGGAUUGAAUGGCUUUGUUAGCGCUGGGAUCGACCCCACGCUCUCCUUGGUUUACACCAAUGCGACCAUGUCUCCGAUACAGUUCAUCACUCCUCGAGUCGCAAAUAUCUCAAUGCUCUCUGAUCGGGCCACUGACCUCAACAUGUGGAGGUUGGAAGACCUCGACACGUGGGAUGCAACAGAAUGUGUCAUUGAGCCUGUCGUCCGCGUCUCUAGGCCCUCUGUUCAAGACAACGUCUUUGCCGAUGACACACUGGCAGUCUGGAAUACUAUGACCACAUCCAGUAAUGAGCGGGAUGGUUAUCAUCUAUCUCCCCCGGCGGGGAUUGAUAUGGGAAUGCAACCAAAUCAAACCUUUUUCCUGAGCUUCGACACCAGACUCACCAUCAUCAUAUGUUUUUUCAUGCAUGAAUACACCCCCACAGAGAAAGCUGACAGUUACGCCGCAUACGACAUUUUCCGGGCCAUUGGCCAGGGAGACAUUGUCGGUUGCAGCCUGGAAUCAGCGACUAGGUUGCAAUGCGUUAUGCAAAACAUUGCGGCUGCAAUCUCAAAGUCUUUUCGAGACUCUCCAUAUAUCGGGGCAGCUUUGAACCCUGAUAACGCAAAAAUGGCCACUGGUCGUGUUCUAACGAGUGUAACAUAUGUCUCUGUCCACUGGCAAUGGAUCGGGUUACCGGUGUUAGUUUGGAUCCUCGGAGCAGUCGCGUUGGUGGGCACAAUCUGGAAGACUCGGGGGGCGCGAGUUCCUAAGUGGAGGAAUGAUCCGUUGCCGCUACUGUUUCUCUAUCGGGAUGAGAUGAGUGCCGUGGAGCUUGGUGAAAAACUAGCCCAGAUUGAAUCUGGCGAGUUGAAACACAUGUGUGGGAGGCUCUAUGAAUCUGAUAGGAAAAUGAUCCUAGGGUAG